CGAAACCAGAAGGAACUCACAAAAUUCCAUUUUUAAAUAAUCAACUUUUUAAAAUUAUAUUUUUUAAUUUUCAUCUUUGACCUUUUUAAAAUGAGAGUGCUGUGUUUAGUUUUGGUAGUCGCUGUGGUGGCCUGCAGAGCUGCCCCUGGAGCAACAGGUGAAGAUGAGGGAAGGAUAGAAUUAUUCUCUGGGGUUGCCAUAGAAAGAGAUCCAUCUGGUGAAGACAAACUAAAUGUCAAAUUUGAACCAGGAGAACUGAGGGAGGCAGCCAGAACUUUUGAAGAAGCUCGGGGUAAAAUUAAAAAGUACACGCCUCUCCUGGCUGGCAUCGGUGUCAAAGUUAUAGCCGUGCUCGGCAUCUUGUUUGGUGGUCUUACGCUGUUGGUGACCAAGGCAUUGGUGAUGGCCAAGCUGGCGUUUGUGGCUGCUGCAGCCCUGGGUAUUCAGAAACUGCUCAGCGGUGGUGGAUUGAACAAUAUUAGCGGAAAGAUUGCUAGUUUCCAGUCAUCACCCCAGCAAUGGUCAUCGCCUACCGCUUCAGCUGGAUCGUAUCCAUACGCGAGAUCUUCUAGUAUAGCUCAAGAUGCCAACGACCUAGCUUACAAGGCUCAAAUAGCUUCCUAAACAUAUCACCUAUAUACAAUAUUUCAAAUACGACCGUGAUAGGCCAUAACACGAGACAUGUUCGCUGAAAGAGACGCGUUGCUAUAUGAGACCAGGCUGAUAUUAAUUUGUAUUUUGUAUGUGCAUGACCUGAACAUCUUCACCUGCGUAGCAUUUUCUCCUUUAUUACAACAUUUUUUAUUUUAGCUCCGGUACGGUCCGGUUCGGACUUAGCGUCAUA